AAUACCACAACCAAUGUCUGUAGCCCAUGUCGUCGUUGAAUCACCCCCGCUGCCAACCUUAAGGGAUGUUCCAACACCAAUCCUGUCUCUGUUGGCUCUGGGGGUCCUCGCCUUCUUCAGUUGGCUGGUGUACUCUGGGCUCCCGUUCACCCCGAAGCAACAUGGGAGAAAGUUGGGCGUUGAAACAAGUAAUCUUGCUGAUGCAUACCGACACGGGACCGAAGCAUCGCAUGCAGGUCAGUGGAAAGUGAAGGGUUUGUGGAUUUUUCCGGUCAAGAGUUGCCGCGGAAUUGAGAUUGCGGAAGCCCGAGUCGUGCCCUCUGGGUGAGUGAGUUGAAAUCCCUCAUAGACGUGGGGCGGCUUGAGAUAGGUGAUAAUUUAUGACGAUGCUAACUACAUCUGCUGACAACAGACUUGAGCAUGAUCGUCAAUUUGUAUUUUUGACCCCUCUCUUCUACUACAGUGUUAAAAAUAAAAAUAAAAAUUUUGAGCGCAUCAUUAACCAACCAGCCCAGAUGUUCGCAGAAUGGAUGCCAAAUGCCAAGACCGGUGAUCUUCAAUGGGUCUUCAUAACGCAGAGGCAGUAUCCAAAAAUGGCACUCAUCACGACUAAAAUAUACCUUGAAGGAGAACACGACGGUAACCUACACAUCACCUUCCCGAUAAAGUCCCGUCUACCGUUCCUCAAGCGAGCCAGAACAAUUCGCUUCCCACUUUCAGUUUCAGAUGAGUUUAAGGCAAGAUACCCGCUCAAGAAAGUUGGAAUCUGGAGAGAGCAGCCAGUAGCAUACGACAUUUCCUCCGCCGUCGAAACGGAGCUCAGGGAGCUAUCCGCUUACCUAUGCACCGAUGGCCCACUAGCGCUAUUCAGGGUUUGCCCAGAAGAGUUACGCGAGGUGUACAGGAACGCGCCCACAGCCAACGAAGCCGGAUAUCAGCCAGUCACGGGUUUUGCAGACGCUGUACAUAUUACUCCUUACCUCUUGAUUCCCCCCCCCUCUUUCAUAACCAGAACAGCGACUGAUCAUUGGUGGCGGGAACAGUACCCUUUGCACAUGCUGAACCUCACCUCCGUCCGUGAACUUAACUCUCGCAUCACGGACAAAAUCCCUAAACUUGACAUCGUGCGUUUCCGUGCGAACAUAAUUCGUAUGACCCCCUCAUCACCUUGCGUCACCGCACCAACCCGCUAUACUCCCACCUCCGACUUGAGCACCCAACUAACCAGCCACCCUCUUCAAAGUCACCGGGCCAGGCCCCUUCACUGAAGACGACUGGAAGAAAAUCCGGCUAGGUGCACACGUCUACUAUGCCGGUACGUUACUGCUCGAACCUUGGCCCUGGAACAGCAACAAUCACUAACGAACAAAUAGCCUGCAGAACCUUGCGAUGCAAAAUGCCAAACGUAGACCCCGAUACUGGCGGUGUGUUUCCCUACUUCCUUCCCGACGCCCCUUGGCACGUUUCAUAUAUGAAGUAAUAGAAGCUAAUGAUCUAUUUAGAAAGGCAUAUGCAGGAGCCUGACCAGACGUUGCGCAGCUAUCGCGCUAUUGAUCCGGGGUAUAGGCACGGGGCAUGUUUGGGUAUGUAUUCUUCUCAGCCUUCUUUACUUAUUUGCUUUUUUUCCUGCCAUUGUUUCGGUGCGGCCCAAUUUGCGAUUUGCUAACUCUCCGGCUGAAGGUAUGCAAUUGGUUCCUGCAGGAUCUAGUACGUUUCUUCCCUGCCCUUGAGUGGAGAAAUGAGACUGGGCAUAUAGCAUCCUAACACGCAAUACACAGUGGGCAUCCUCCGUGCCGGUGAUGGCGUAGAUGUUCUUGAAACGGGACCGCAUCAUUAUAUUUAUUAAUCGGUAAAGUCGCAAGGGGGAGGACUUCUCGAUAGAUGGCCGACGUCGCAUUUACACCACUGCAACUAUUGGUGGAUGGGGAUAGUGCCUAAAAUGACGGUGUACGGUCCAGUUUGGGUUGCUCAAGUUACAUAUGUUUCCUCUCUUUCCCCUCCCAUUUCUCUGGCACCAUACCAAUCAACCCUUCACCGGGAUGGGGGCUUAAGGCGCAAUGGAUUAGACGGCGAUUUUGCAGCAUAAGGCAGUUCAGCAAAGCCUAGACGGGGUAAUAUCCCAUUUGUUAAAAAAAGUACGGAUCUUGAUAUCGCCAUCCUGACUUAGUUGUCAAGCCGGCGUCUGGAAUUUCUUCUUUUUUCUCUUCUUUUCUUCCCCCUUUUUCCCAAACAAUCGCGCUGUCACCAUACCGACAUUGAACUGUAGGGGUACUCGAGUAUGGUACUGUAGCGGUAAGGUACCGGCAGUCCACAGUUCCAGUAUUUGUAUAUCAACUGAGCUAUACCCAACAAAGAAUAUCCCGCUACGGUGUUGGUAAUAGUAGAGAACACGCAUCACUGACAUCUGAAACACAUCUGAAUGUGCAAGCCUGCCAGCGGCACCUCAUCUUACAAGCU